CAGGAGCAUGCAGUGUGAAGAAUACAUCGAUGCCAAAAGAGAGACGCAUGUGAAUUGGAUGAGGUAUGUGAAUUGUGCCCGUAAUGAAGAAGAACAGAAUCUUGUGGCAUUUGAGUAUCAAGGGGGAAUUCUGUAUCGUUGCUGUCAAUCCAUUAACCCAGGACAGGAGCUCUUGGUGUGGUAUGAAGAGGAGUACACCAAAGAACUCAGUCCUGCACCUACAGGAACAACCAGACAGCAAGAAGUAAAGAACGCUCUGCUGCAAGUCUUUUCAUGCUCCACAUGCCCUCGUUCCGAUGCAUCUCCAAUUUACCUCGACAAGCAUAUCAAGAGAUGCCACUAUGAAGAGUACGUGAGACUGCGAGAAUCAGGAGAGAUUAAAUAUAAGCUUCAGAUCCCCUCCAAAUGCUCCAGUCGUCAACCAACAUCAACUGAUAUUAUCCAUUCUGAUACUUCCCAUAAUGAUAUACAGAAGGAAAUUCACCACUGCUCAGAUUGUGGAAAGAGUUUUAGUUAUCAGAAUGCACUCAAGACACACCAGCGCAUUCACACAGGAGAGAGGCCGUAUCACUGCUCACAGUGUGGGAAAAGUUUUACUCGUCAGAGUAAUCUCCAACAACACCAGCGCAUUCACACAGGAGAGAAGCCAUUUCACUGCUCACAGUGUGGGAAGAGUUUUAUUUGGCAGAGUGAUCUCAGACGACACCAGCACAUUCACAUAGGAGAGAACCCGUUUCACUGCUCACAGUGUGGGAAGAGUUUUACUUGGCAGAGUGAUCUCAGACGACACCAGCGCAUUCACAUAGGAGAGAAGCCGUUUCACUGCUCACAGUGUGGGAAGAGUUUUACUUGGCAGAGUGAUCUCAGACGACACCAGCGCAUUCACAUAGGAGAGAAGCCGUAUCACUGCUCACAGUGUGGGAAGAGUUUUACUUGUCGGAGUCAUCUCCAAACACACCAGCGCAUUCACACAGGAGAGAAGCCGUUUCACUGCUCACUGUGUGGGAAGAGUUUUACUUGUCGGAGUCAUCUCCAACAACACCAGCACAUUCACACAGGAGAGAAGCCGUUUUACUGCUCACAGUGUGGGAAGAGUUUUACUCGUCACAGUGCUCUCAAAAAACACCAGCACAUUCACACAGGAGAGAAGCCGUUUCACUGCUCACAGUGUGGGAAGAGUUUUAGUCAUCAGAGUGCUCUCAAAAAACACCAGCGCAUUCACACAGGAGAGAAGCCGCAUCACUGCUCACAGUGUGGGAAGAGUUUUACUCAUCAGAGUGCUCUCAAAAAACACCAGCGCAUUCACACAGGAGAGAAGCCGUUUCACUGCUCACAGUGUGGGAAGAGUUUUACUCAGCAGAGUAAUCUCCAAACACACCAGCGCAUUCACACAGGAGAGAAGCCGUAUCACUGCUCACAGUGUGGGAAGAGUUUUACUCAUCAGAGUACUCUCAAAAAACACCUGCGCAUUCACACAGGAGAGAAGCCGUAUCACUGCUCACAGUGUGGGAAAAGUUUUACUUGUCAGAGUCAUCUCCAACAACACCAGCGCAUUCACACAGGAGAGAAGCCGUAUCACUGCUCACAGUGUGGGAAGAGUUUUACUUGUCGGAGUCAUCUCCAACAACACCAGCGCAUUCACACAGGAGAGAAGCCGUUUCACUGCUCACAGUGUGGAAAGAGUUUUACUCGUCAGAUUGCUCUCCAACAACACCAGCGCAUUCACACAGGAGAGAAGCCGUUUCACUGCUCACAGUGUGGAAAGAGUUUUACUCGUCAGAGUGCUCUCAAAAAACACCAGCGCAUUCACACAGGAGAGAAGCCGUAUCACCGCUCACAGUGUGGGAAGAGUUUUACUCAGCAGAGUGAUCUCCAACAACACCAGCACAUUCACACAGGAGAGAAGCCGUAUCACUGCUCACAGUGUUGGAAGAUGUUUGCUUGUUUAGUUACAUUCAAGUGCACUAACUCAGACACUGCAUGAUUUAAAGUUGUCAAAUUAAAUAUGGUUGUUACAGUUUUGACUGAAAAUGACCUGUACUUUGAACUUUAUUGUUCAUGUUACACUGGUCAACAAUUUUUCAGAAGUUGUCUGCUUCAGAGAUGAAGUUGGCUAUUAUGAAAUUUGGUGUGUUGAAUUAGAAGUGACAGUUAAGCAGCUGAUUGGCUAUGGCUUCCAAGAUAUGUAAGAUUUUAAAUUUUAUACUUAUGUACAUUGUGUAGAUCGUAAAUGUUUUAAAUAUAAAUUUUAAAACUAGGUCUCUUCAUGUGUUUAUGGUCGGUUUACAUGAUAUUUCACCUGUUCUCUUUAUGUAACACUAGAAA